GUCGAUAUCUUUCGGCAAGAGAUAGCUUUAGACCAGCCGUAUUUAUUCAUCAAAGGCUUAAAUUCCCUUUUCAAAAAAUUAAAUAAAUCAAAAAAGCUCACAUAGGAGUUCCCACAUCAAAAAAAAAAAAAAAAAAGGGGCUCACAUAGGAGUGCGGCGGCGUUGCGCUAGGCUGCUAGCAGUAUAUGUACCACCAAGUACAACACCUCUCGCCUGUUCGGCCCAAAUCCACUUCUCUCUCACACGCAUACAACACACACACAAAUCUCAAGCAAACCUCCACAAUUCCGAGCCGAGAACCCGCGGCUGGGCUGGGGAAGAGAGAGUCUUUGGGAGGAGAAGAGGGCGCGAUUUGGGGAGCGAGGGCGGAUCGAUGUCGGUGACGGGGACAUCCGUGGCGGCGGCGGCGACCAUGCUGGCCGCGGCGGCCGCCAUCUUUAUCACCUUCGUCGUCUGCUUCUACCUCUUCCUCUGCGCCAAGCGCUACCGGGGCGCCGCGCCCGCAAUCGGCGGCGGCGGGGCGGACGGCGGGGGCCGGGGCCCGCGGUUCGUCUUCGGGGGCCCCUGCCACGGGACGGGCCUGGACGAGACGGCCAUCGUGGCCCUGCCGCGGAGGGUGGUCGCCCAGGGGGACCCCGCGGCCGACUGCGCCGUCUGCAUCACGGAGCUCGCCGCCGGGGAGGCCGCGCGCCUGCUGCCGCGGUGCGGCCACUCGUUCCACGUCGAGUGCGUCGACAUGUGGCUCCGGUCGCACUCCACCUGCCCGCUCUGCCGGUGCGCGGUCGCCGACGAGGCGCCCACCGUGCAGCCCCCCGAGGCCGAUCCGGAGUCGCCCAUCUUCCCCACCAACGUGCUCUUCUUCGGCUCCCAGGACGCCGUGGCAACCGGCGGCCCGCCGCGGCAGCCGGUGCCGCCGCAGGCGCCUCAGCCCUCCCACGGCCCGAUCGCCGGCGUCGCGGCCGUGGUCGAGGCGGCCAGAGUAGCGGCCCUCCGGCGGCUGCUCGGCUGCGGCGGCGCGACGCCCCAGCCACCACCACCACCACCACCACAAGCAGACCGCGACCUAGAGAUGGGCCCCGCGGCAGCCGGCGGCGAGAGCAGCACGCCGCGGCCGGCGAAGCCACAGCCAGGUUCUUGAUCGACGCCUCCGUCCGCCGCUCCUGCUCCCCUCCGCAUCUCCUUGAGCCAUUUUGAGGCACCAAAAAAGGAAGCAAAUUGUACAUAUUUCCUACAGUGUAUGAUAGUACCACGAUUGAGGAACUGUAUAAUCCUGAUCCUGUGAACAAGAUCUAUGGACGCAUCUCGGCGAUUUGAAGCCGCCAAAAUCCAUGAGAUCUGUGCUGUGCGGCACUGAGACUGAGACGAAGAAGCACUGUUAGUUUUGCAGAUAAUACAUACACUUCAUGUUUUUACCAUUA